AUGCCUCGAGAAUCGCGAUUUUGCCAAACCCAUCACUGUUUGUUAGUUCAUGAAUCAUGCUACGGCUGCUUAAGAGGGCGUAGCGGUGUUCGAGGAGUAUACGCAACUUCAUCAUCAGUAGACGCUUUUGAGCUUCUCGACAUGGGUCUACCUGAAGUUGCGGAUAUCGCGCGCAAUUUUGCUGUAAUGGUCCGAGUUCAAGGCCCCGACCCCAAGGGUCUGAAAAUGCGAAAUCAUGCUUUCCACCAUUACAACUCGGGCAAAACGAUGCUCUCAGCAUCGGGGAUGAUCUUCCCGACUUCUAAAGAAAGUGCUACUUUGGGUAGUGGUUUGAACUCGAAAUCUUCAGAUCCUGUUUUGGUUUUGACGGCAGCCUCUGUGAUUGAACCUUUUUUGCUGCAACAAUAUCGAGAAAGCAAAGUAGAGACUGAAUCUCAAUUGAUACCAGGAGUUCAAAUUGAUAUACUUAUGGAGGGAAAAUCUAUGGCCGAUGGUAGUAUGGAGGCUUUACCUUGGAUACCGGCUGAACUUGUGAAGAUGGUUAACAUUCCCCAAUCAUCUGCUGCUGUCCAAUCACUAAUCGAAGCUUCUUGUGGUUCACGGGAUAGUAGUUGGGAAGUUGGUUGGUCUCUAGCUGCACAUGGUCGUGGUCCUCAGCAAAUUAUUGACAGCUCUCGUGGACAGGUUGAGCAAGAAUCACCCUUUCCGAGCCACUGGUCCACGGCGAGAAUGGAGUCGAGCAAUCUGAAUCUCAUAGGGCAAUCAGCUACAAGGAUUGCUCUUCUGGCAAUUCCCUCCAAGUUAUCUUUGGAUUUCCCCAAGUUGCAAACAUCUAUUCCCAAGAGGGGGGAUCUUCUUCUGGCCGUGGGCUCUCCUUUUGGCAUAUUAUCACCUUUGCACUUCUUUAACAGUACUUCGGUGGGGUCAAUCGGCAACAGCUAUCCACCCGGUUCUCCCACAAGAUCUUUAUUGAUGGCUGAUAUUAGGUGCCUUCCCGGAAUGGAAGGUAGCCCAGUUUUCAGUGAAAGUGCUCAGUUUAUUGGGCUUCUAAUGAGACCUCUAAGGCAAAAAAAUAGUGGUACUGAAGUUCAGGUGGUGAUUCCUUGGGAAGCUAUUGCAUCUGCUUGCAGUGAAUUAGUGCAGGAGGACCCUCACAGCACUUGGAAAGGAAUAAAUUAUGACAAUGGAGAUUUGAAUUCAAUGGAGAAUAUGUUACCCAAUGGCUGCUCGGGCAAAAACUCCCGAAUUCCAUCCCCAGUCGAGAAGACAAUGAGGUCAAUUUGUCUUAUUACUACCGAUGACGGCUCAUGGGCAUCUGGUGUCUUGCUGAAUAAACAAGGUUUGGUUCUUACAAACGCUCACCUCCUCGAGCCGUGGAGGUUUGGUAAAGCCUCUGCAAAUGGUGACAGAAUCGGAACUAAGUUCGAGGUUGCAAUAAUUCCGAACACCAAUGAUGAAGAUUCGAGCCCGGAUUUGGUUAUCAAUGAGAGGGCAUUAUCCGGCCAUGCCUCGACAAUUUCGAACCACAGAAAUGUGCGUGUUCGGUUAGAUUCUAUGGAUCCUUGGAUGUGGACGGAUGCUAGAGUAGUGUAUAUUUCCAAAGGCCCAUUGGAUAUUGCACUUUUGCAGCUCGAUAUUGUUCCUGAUCAACUCUGCCCGAUUCUUGUGGAUCUUGGUUACCCUUCGUGUGGAUCAAAGGCGUAUGUGGUCGGGCAUGGGCUGUUUGGACCUCGUUGUGACAUCCUUCCAUCCUCCUGCCUUGGCGUUAUAGCUAAAGUAAUCGAAGCCACUCAGUCACUACAGCUUAAUUCGGACGAAAAGUUUCCAGUCAUGCUGGAAACAACUGCUGCUGUCCAUCCCGGCAGUAGUGGUGGUGCUGUUGUUAAUUCGGACGGCCACAUGAUUGGCCUUGUCACAAGUAACGCUAAGCAUGGUGGAGGAACUGUCAUACCUCAUUUGAACUUCAGCAUCCCUUGUGCUGCUCUUGAGCCUGUUUUUAACUUCUCCAAAGAUAUGCAGGAUCGAAGGAUUUUAGAAGAACUUGACAAACCGAACAAACAUCUCUCGUCCGUUUGGGCCCUGAUGCCACCGUUAUAUCCUAAAUUUUCCGAACAGGAUAAUGGGAAAAGCGUGAAGGGGUCUCGUUUUGCCAAAUUCAUAGCUGAGAAGAAUGGCUUGCUGGAUACGAACGGCCAAGAUGGGGCGGUGGCUGGAAGCCUUUUCACCAACGACCUUAUACCCAGUAAGUUGUGA